AUGGGUGACGCUCCUGAGCCCAAGAGACCCCGCACUGGGGAUGCUGAAGAGACCUUUGUUGGUAGCAUUGAUCAGGGCACUACGUCGACACGAUUUGUAAUUUUCAAUGCGAAUGGCGAGCCCGUCGCGCUUCAUCAGAUGGGCUUUGGCAACAUCCACCCCGAGUCAGGAUGGCACGAACACGACCCUCAUGAACUACUCCAAACCGUGGAGACUUGCAUACAACAGGCCACCAAGAAAUUCACCGACAAGGGCUUCGACAUUGCGAAGGUCCACGCUAUUGGGGUCACAAACCAGCGCGAGACUACGGUCCUCUGGGACAAGAAUACGGGAGAGCCGCUCUACAACGCCAUUGUCUGGCCAGAUACCCGAACCAAGGCUCUCGUCCGGGAAUUGAAAGCCAAACAAGGCUCCGACAAGCUCCUCGGCCUGUGCGGUCUUCCUCUGUCCACAUACCCCUCCAGCGUUAAGCUCCUCUGGCUCCUGCGAAAUAACGAUGCUGUCAAGGCCGCCUACGACGAGGGUCGUCUAGCAUUCGGCACCAUUGACUCAUGGUUGAUAUUCAGACUCAACGGCGGUAUCGACAGACAAGGCGGCCCCAUCCAUGUCACGGAUCCAACGAAUGCCAGCCGCACCAUGUUCAUGAACCUCAAAACCCUCAAAUACGACGACCAACUGCUCUCCUUUUUUGCCAUUGACCGCCAAAAGAUAGCUCUGCCCGAAAUUGUGCCCUCAUCCCAUCCCACGGCCUUUGGCACGUUAUCUCGCGGCCCUCUCAAGGGCGUUCCUAUUGCCGGAUGUCUAGGGGACCAAUCAUCUGCACUAGUAGGCCAAUUAGGCUUCAAACCAGGCCAGGCAAAGAAUACCUACGGCACGGGCUGCUUCCUGCUCUACAACGUAGGCACGACACCCGUCAUCUCCAAAAGCGGCUUAUUGGCCACGGUAGCAUACGACUUUGGUGACGGCAAGCCCGUCUACGCGCUCGAGGGAAGUGUUGCCGUCGCGGGAUCCGGCGUCACAUUCCUAUUGAACAACCUCGGCCUCAUUGAAAGCUCCAAAGCCAUAGAUGAAGUCGCCCUCUCCGUUCCCGACAACGGCGGAGUCUACUUUGUUACAGCGUUCAGCGGCCUCUUUGCCCCGUACUGGAUCGACGACGCCAAAGGCACAGUCUUCGGUCUCACAGCACACUCGCAAAAGGGCCACAUUGCCCGCGCAACCCUCGAAGCUGCAUGCCACCAGACAGCCGCUAUACUCGAUGCAAUGGCCAAGGACUCUGGCCGCGCUCUCUCCUCCCUGGCUGUCGAUGGCGGCCUAUCCAAUUCGGAACUCUGUAUGCAGACGCAGGCCGACUUGAGCGGAAUCAGGGUCGACCGCCCGGCUAUGCGAGAAACUACGUCACUAGGCGCAGCGAUUGCCGCUGGUCUAGCCACGGGUGUGUGGUCAAGUAUCGAUGAUUUGAAGGAUAUCAAUUCUACACACCGAACUGUUUUUGAGCCCAAGAUGGGCAAAGAGGAGAGAGCAGCGUCAAGAAAGAUGUGGGAAAGAGCCGUGGAAAUGUGUCGGGGUUGGAUAAGGGAUGACUAG